AGAACGGAGAGGAAGGAAGGAGCCAUUAGGACUUGUGUUCCCGUUUCGACAGCACCAGACGUAUCCACGAGGAGAGGACCAAUGGCUUCCGACUCAGAGCUUCGGACUUCCACCGGGAAGCAAGCUUCGACAAGCACAGAUUUGGAGCAAUGCUCUUCUCCCACCAAACUCUCCAAAAUUGUAUCCCUAACUUCGCCAGUCUCCACCUCGAAAGGGAAAGGGAAAGAGAAGGUCGAUGAUGAAAUCAAGGGUGAAGGUGAAGGUGAGGGCGCUGCCAUGGAUUCUGACCGGAAUACCUGCGGCAUCUGUUUAUCCGAGGACGGCAAAGCCAUCAGAGGUUGGAUUGAUAGCUGCGAUCACUACUUCUGUUUCGUCUGCAUUAUGGAGUGGUCGAAAGUUGAAUCUCGUUGUCCCAUGUGCAAACAAAGAUUCAGCACCAUUCGCCGCCCGCCGAAAGAUGGGACUUUUAUUCGUGAACGAAUUGUUAACAUCCCCGUUCGUGAUCAGGUAUACUAUCCUUUCGGAAAUGCCACUACUGGGCCUUCUGAUCCAUAUGCAGAAGUUCGAUGUAGUGAGUGCAGUGGUAAAGGAGAUGAAAGUCUCCUACUCCUUUGUGAUCUUUGUGACUCAGCUGCUCAUACUUACUGUGUUGGCCUGGGGGCAAUGGUUCCUGAGGAUGAUUGGUACUGCCAUGAUUGUGCCAUUUCUAAGGAUGAGCACUCUAAUAGUGAAGUGGAAACUGAUUAUGACAAUAAAAAAUUCUCUAUUAACUUUGAUGCGACACAGAAUGAGGCACCUGUUUCUAUUUUUGACAUUGUCCGUGAAUCCAAUAACCCAGAGGUUGACAGAACAUCUGAAAGAACCUCUGCUGACCCAAACCAAUUGUCAUGUCCUAUUAUUCUGCAGAGGGAUAGAAGUGCAGGAUCCAAAGUAAAGGACCUUAAUGCACGGACAUUACAUCGAUGCCGCAAUGUGCACAGCCGCAUACAGGUCUUACGUGAAAACUGGAAUGCCUUGCGAACGAGGUCCUUGGAUUUUUCUUCUAGUUUACUUGAUUCCCAUGGAAAAAGUAGUAUGAAUGACAAGAGUAGAGCAAUAUGUCCUGACAGAUCAAGUCAUCUACAGUCCUCAUCUUCCAUGAGUUGUCAACAGAUGCCUUCCAAGGAUACUGUUUCUGGAGAGAUGUUGCGCAAUAAAAACCCGUACGAUAUUGACAGAGCCUGGAAAAUGUUGGAUGUAGCAAAAUCAGUGCAACGAGCUCGUCAAGGCUCCAGCAUUAAUCAUCUGGGCCCUAAUUGUCCAUCUGUUAACGGGCUUUUGUCAAAAGAAGCAGCUAAUGUAAAUUCAAGUUCUCUUGCAUCAAGGAACAAGUACUUUGCAUCCAAGGAUCUGAGAAGUGCAUGGGAGAAGAAUAAUAAGUGCCAUUCUCUUGACAUGCCACAAGAAAACCAUAGACCUCAGAAGUUUGUGAAGCAAAGACCAAGUAAGGAUAUGAUGGAGACUUCAAAAUUUGACACUGGCUAUCCAACUACUCAUCUGUCAUCGCCAUCUGCUAGGCAGCUCCAGACACUGAAGGUAGAUGUUUCUCAAAAAUGGGACGGCCACAAAUCACUGAAAGUCUCACAUGGAACCUCCUCAAACUUAACUAAUGUUAGAGAUGGGUCUGCAAACUCAAUGACCCUGGUUGACUCGUUACCGGGAUGUUUUGAUACUUCUCAUAGCAAAGCAGAGAUUUGUGCAUCAUCUGGGUGCAAGGUGGAGGAGCCUCCCAAAGCGAAUGGGGAGCUGGAAAAGAACCAUUCUCCUGCUGAAAGUAUGGGAAGAGAAGAUCCUGAUGCCAAGAGUGAGGUCCAAUCACUGGUUAAGCUCAACUUGAAGUUGCUUACCAAAGACAAACGUUUAGGGGUUGAUGGAUUCAAGGAAGUUGCAAGGCAGGCCACCCAUACCAUUUUGGCAGCAUGUGGUUUAAACCACACCAAAUCACUUGCCCGCUCCUUUCCAAACCCAACAUGCAGCCAUGCAUCACAUAGUCAGCAGAUUCAUAUAUCUAAGUUAAUGCCUAGUUGUUGCAGAGAAUGCUUUUACGUUUUUGUAAAAGAUGUUGUGAAUUCCAUCAUGGCUGAGAAAAAAGCAGGUGAAGGAGCUUCUUAAUCCGACUUUUUGAGUCCAAUUCUUCCCAUAUUUGUAAUUAUUGUUGAUAUGAAGAAGCAAAUGGUGGGUUUUUUGU